GUCACACACAAUUAAAUUCAUAGCAAGGAGGAUGGAUAGUUCGAUUUUUAAACUAGGGUUUGAAUGACAAUUUAUACGUCAUUAUUGAUAGUGCGUGAAGUGUUGUGUGUUUGUGUUUUGUGUUUGGUUUCCACCUGUUGAGAUGAGCAUGUCAAUGCGUUCUGUGCUCGUGGAGGGCCCGCAGCGGCCAAAGGGACCCUUCACGUAUGCCAGCACGCCAAGAGCGCUCUACAACAACAUGAAACUCAAGAAAGAUCCUUCAUGUGAAGAGGUGGGGCCACGAAAUCUGAUGCACGACCGGCGCGUGGUGCGCGGCAGCACAUUCGCGCCACAGACUGCGCACGCGCACGCUGCGGGCGAUGGUGCGAGCAAGUCACGGCGACGCGCGUUGGCCCGCCGAGCAGCGCUGGCGAGACUACGGCCUGGUACACCGCCGCCCGCACCCGGCCGGCGACACCUGCCGGUGCAGACUGACCACUACCUGCAGGAGCUAUUCGAUAAAGGCGUGGAGCUGGAGGUGGGCGUGCAGACGGACCUGUUCGCAGACCGGCCCGCAACGCCCAUCUAUGUGCCAGCGAAGACCGGCGCUGACGCCCAUACGCAGAUUUAUCCUGGAGAUUUGUUCGACUUCGACUUGGAAGUGCAACCUAUCCUGGAGACGCUGGUGGGCAAGACAGCGGAGCAGGCGUUGGCGGAGGUUGCUCAGGAGGAGGAGCUGGCCACACUACGAGAGCAGCAGCGUCGCUACCUCGAGCUGCGAGACGCCGAGCGCGCUGAGCGCCAACGACUGCUCGCGCAGGACAUACGUCUACAGGCUGAAAAGGAGCGUCGCGUCGGCGAAGCUCGACUGGCGCAGGUGGCGGCGGGUGAGGCGCGCGCGCGUGCUGCUGCGGCGGCGCUGGUGCAAGGCUACGUGGCUGAGCUGCUACCCAGCGUGCUUGCUGGCCUCCGCUGUCACGGUUAUCUCAUCGAGAGAAUACAGACUGGCAUAAACGAAGAGGUAAUGCCGUGGCUAAUACAAGAGGUGUCUCUGGAGAUUGAAUCCAUUAUCACAAGCCGCGAUGUCAUCACAGAGAUCGUGCGCGAGGUGGUGGAGACGCGCGCGCAAGCGCCGACGCCGCUGCACGUGCCCGACUCUCCAACGCCGCCCUCCACGCCCAGCAUGAUGCUAGAAGGAAUGGAAGAGGAAUAACGUUAGCGCCCUUUUAGCGUCACAAACUACGCUUACAGAAGAUUCUAGCGGGAUUUACGUUGUAGUAAAAUUAUCAAAUUAUAAUGUGUAAAUAUACUAGUAAUUUUAUAGUCAUCGUUUUGGUUAAAAAAAAAAGCAAUUGUUUGUUAUUUUAUCGUGUUUAAACUGAAGUUUUUAAAUAAAUGAAAAAAGGCAUAUGUAUGAAGUGAAUUAAGACGAAAAUUUAAUAUUAUUUUACAAGCAAAAUGUUGUGAAUUUUGAUUAGAAAUAUCAUAGAUGUAAAAUGUAAUAUUUAGAAAUAUUUAAUUACAACUUGGUAGAGUUAUAAAGGUACUACGAUAAUGAAAUUUGCGGCGCUUAGCGCAAUAUCUGUCAGACGAUAUGGAAAAAGAUUUAUAUAAACCUAAUUUUGUUUUAAAAUCGCUUCUAGACAAAGAUAUUUCUAUGUGGAAUCAUAACGAUUUCAAGAGCAAGUUAUUUAAAUUAAGAUUUCAUGAUAAAUUCUAUGUAUUGUUAAUUGUUUUUUAGACUACAAAUAUGUACAUAAAGCCUUUUAAAAUAGUGAUAGUUGUUUUGUUAUGGAAAUUAGUGUAAAUUGCAAACGUUUAAUAAAUAUGUUUAUAAUA